GCUUUUUAUCUUCAUUCUCGCUGGAAGAUAUAUACAUAUAUCAUAUCACGAGCGAGUCUCUACCGUUCAAUCCCGCAGAAUGGAUUAGCAUCUGAUAAAGAUGGCUGAUGAUGAUUGACGGCCAUAUUAGACACAUGAAAAGCGAACGAAAUUUCGGACAUGAAAGAAAUUUUUGCAUGAACCUAGGGCUCCUGCCCGAAGGGACGGCUGAUUUGCAUCGUAGUAGCCGAUCAGAAUUGAUUUGCUCUUACGCCCGGUAUGGUCGCUACAGCUACUCAGGCAGGGAAAGGCUCACAUAGGGUAUGUCGCUUCGUCAAUGUUUCAUACACGGGCAUCCGCCCGACGCUGAAAGCACCGGGGCGUCCAAGUCAUAUUGAAUGCGUGCCUCCUCUCUGCGAUCAGGCUAGCCCUCUUGAUCCGACACUCCUUGCGCCUGUCUUCCCGUUGUUAGCAAUCAAUCCUCCUGCUGCCUAUCUUGCCACAUUCCCGGCCAGCCGUGAGAUCGCAUACGCGGCGAUUCCCAACAUCCCUUCAUUAGCUGAACCUCUGCAAACAGAGACCAUAGUCGGGAUUGCCGGUGCUGGGUUUUUGUUCAGCCUGCUUAUGAAGGAAGUGGAGAUGGUUGGGGUUGUUGACGAGACCUACGCUCUCCAAGCGCCUACGGAGAAGAACAAUACUGAAAAUCGGGACGUAGAAAAGGCUAGUCACCCAGCUACUUCACAUACUAAUAUCAUCGGUAACGACACGGUCAGCUCCUACGCAAAUUUUACCAUUCGCAUCGUUCUAAUGUCAAUGUACACGUAUUGUCUAUAUACCAUCGCAAUCACAGAGGUUGAGAUUGCCGGCCCGCAGUAG